CGAUUCAGUUGAGAUUCAGCCGCGCCGGCAGAGUAACCAACGAAUGGUGACGAGAGGAAUUUUCGGGUUUCGUCUGCUAAUUCGUUGGUCCGCUAAAAACGCGAACUGUACGGUAGUGAUACAGUGAUCGGUUAAAUUAAGAGUGAACGAUACCGAACUUUGGACGCGUCUCCUUCGUUUUAGUGAUCUGAGCUUUUCUGUUUCGCCCCGACCAACCACUCUUCAUAAUUCUUUAUAGAUCUUUGACCAACGAUGGCGAUCGCUAACGGUUCAAAACAGAGGGAUGGCAUCAUAGUUUUUUAAUAUGCUAAAUAACAUCGGACCCGAUGGGAGUCACCAAGAAAAUAGUCGUCGUUACAUCGACGCUAGUUUUGGCCUUAGGACUGUGGGUCGGCAUGAAGCCAAUCAAAGCGAAGCUGAAUACGGCCAAAUUUAUGUUUUUCUAUGGAUCCAAAUUCGAAGACCAUGAGGUAUUCGAACUCGACCGGGCGGAAGAUAUUGUUCGGCACGCUAAAUUCGAUCACACCAAGAAAACGGUAAUGUAUUUCCAUGGCUAUAUCGAAUCACCGGAAGUCGAGAGCGUCCAUGUCAUCGUGGAUGCGUACCAGAAGCGAAACGACCACAACCUGAUCAUUCUGGACUGGACACAACUCGUCGAUGGGAACUACCUACUCGAGGCGGUGCCAAACUGCAAGAAACUAGGUCACAAGCUCGGGUCCGUCAUACUGGCGAUGAUCAACUCGGGAUUAGACGUCGAUAAGCUGCAUCUCGUGGGACAUUCACUUGGCGGGCAGCUAGCAGGCUUCGCAGGUCGAACUGUGAUAUCACUGUCUGAUAAGAAGAUUAAGCUUAAGAGAAUUUCAGCUUUAGAUCCAGCUUUCCCACCGUUUUAUCCAGGCGUGUUGGUGGCACAUUUGAGCGAAAAAGAUGCAGAGUUUGUGGACGUAAUUCACACUGAUGCUUGGUUGUACGGAGCUCCCGUCAGCACGGGUACGGCCGAUUUUUGGCCCAACAAUGGUAAAACUUUGCAGCCCGGCUGCCCCAAGAGAAACUACAAGCCGCUGACGGACAACGAUCUCUGCAGCCACCGGCGAUCGUGGUGGUUCUGGGCGGAAAGUGUGGCCGAAGGGCCGAACCCUUGCUUCCACUCGAUCCGAUGCAAGUCAUGGAGCGACUUCAAGGAGGGCAAGGUUGAUCGGUCCGGUCAGAUUGUACAUAUGGGUAUAGACUGUAGUCCAGAUGCCAAAGGUGAUUACUACUUACAAACGAACGGUAGUCCACCGUAUUCCAAAGGUGUUGCCGGAGCGAAGUUUGAAUAGCACAUCCGUGCUUUGUAUAGCAUUACCAGUUUUAGAGUAGUACAAAUUGUUUCUAAUAUAUAUUUUGGAAUGAA